AUGAGCCAAUGGUUCCUCAUUCUUCUUCAUCAUAGCUUUGAGGAAUUUUCUCUCCUUGUCAGUGCAGGCAGUGCUGCCAUAGUUCUUGAGCCACUUCAGGAGACGCUGUUUCACUUUGUCUUUGUAGUGGUCAACCUUGUGGGGUGGGAUGAAUUCAUAGGUGGUUUCAUCAUCAAGGUGGUCGCGGAAUGCAUGUUCAAUGUAGGCAUGCCGUUCAAUUGUCGCUGGGCCCAGGUUCUUGUCACAUUGGACGACCAUAAGGGCAUUGUUGCGUCUGAGUUGGCAGAGGGCACGCCGCUGGUGGGGCAGAAGGUUGGCUCUGCCUCUCUUCUUCCGGCUGAAUUUGCUCUGGAGGAAGCUGCUGAAGCGCUGAAGGCGCUGGUCUAUGACUGGAGUGGGCACCAUAUGGGCUGGUGGGAGCCAGUCAGACUUCAGAUGCAUUCGUGGAUUGUAUUCAUCACUGCUAUUGUUAUUGUCUGUGUUGUCCUCCUGCAUGUGGCCAAUACAGAAGGCUUUCACCCUCAGGUCCCUGGAGAACCUGGUGAGGGUGCUUGA